GACGUAUGCGGCGCGAGCCACUUCACCCCCCCCCCACUUCACCUGUCCCCGGAAGUGAAGUUUCCUUUUUGUUGUGUCCGAGUGGACCUCGCGGUGGGACGCCGCGACUUCGUUGGGGACGCGGUGAGACUUCGUUAACGUGUGGAGAGGGUUUACACGUCCACAGGUGGAGUCAGCUGGAGCCAUGGGCUGCUACACCUGGUUCGUGAUACCUUUGGUCUGGGCUGCAAUUGCAGGGCCCGUGGCGGGCGUCAUUGUGACUACAGCGUUCUCGAGCGUGUCUCAGAUGGUUGGGAGAGACGCCUUUUUCAGCGUCAGUUUUAGCGGCAACUUGGUCGACCCAACAGUAACGUGGACGUUUAACAACAAAAUCGUCGAAUGGCCAGCCAGCAACAUAGGCGGUAACUCUACUCGGGAGGAGUACAAGGGGCGUAUCGCGAUCUACAACAACGGCUCGCUGCUCCUCCAGCGGGUCACCCUGUCGGACAUCGGAAUGUACUCUGUGGUCAUGGGGGACUUCUUCACGGAUGACGGAAAAGGCAACAUCACGCUGGGCGUCUACGAGGUCAUCACCAACGCGAUGCUGCAACUGCUUCCGCCCUCGCCGCCCAAAUUUGGCGACAGCGCGACCCUGCAGUGCUCUGCAGCAAGCGUCACCAGCGGCGCCGGCCUCGUGUUCUCCUUCUAUAAGUAUGGCGACCUCAUCGCCACGCUCAAGCCCGCUGCCGCGAACCUCGGCUCCGCUAACUACACCAUCAGCAACUUGGCAUUCAGCCACCGCGGCAGCUACUCGUGCCGCGCGGAGAACCCAGUGAGCAAUGGGACGAGCGCGCCCGUGCUGCUGGAGCUCGAAUGCGCGACGACCAGCGGCGCGGCGAACCUGACCGUGCCCAGCACCUCUAUUAUCUCGACGCCUGGCCUCGACUCCACGUUGUCCUUGAGCUAUGCCUUCUUCGGCAAGGCGAACGUCAUCUGGACGUUCGGCGAGCAGACGGUGGCGAGCUGGAUCCUGCCGGGGAACGGAGCGGAGCCGCAGGAGUUUUCUGAAGGAAACGGCUACGUCGGACGGACUGCAGCCUACGCCAAUGGGUCCUUGCGCGUCAAGCUGGCGCAAGUGAAGGACAGGGGGAGCUACAAGUUCACUGCGGUGCCGUGCACGGGACAGCAGUCUAGCGCGGCUGUCGCUCUGAUAGAGGAUCCGUGGCCUGCGACUCGCUCGGCCAUCAUCGGCGGCGUGGUGGGCGGAGUGGGCGGCCUGCUGCUGCUCCUGCUGCUGCUGCUGCUCAUCCUCAUGUGCCGACGCAAGCGCAAGCAGAAAAAGAGCCCGCCGCCCAAAUCCAACAAGAACACGAAGACUCAAGUGGAGACCGUGAGACGCAUGGAGCCACCGCCGGAGCACCAGAGGCCGUGGACGACGGGCGACGCCAUGGGCGGACGGAACGGCACGCUCAACACGUCGUUCCACCCCAACGGGAACGCACACACCGACACGAUGGGGCGAUCGAACCCGGCCUACAACUCCUACAGGCCCGACCUCUCCAGAGGAGCACGCGGCGGCGACGACGACGACUGGAGAAUGGAUCGCAGCUCAGUGAGACCCCCAAGCGUGGACGAGAUGUCCCUGCCGGCCGGCGCCGAUUUCUCCUACGCCAACAGAUACUCUAACUCCACAAAAUCACAAGAUCCUUUAGACAAUGUCGGGUUCCCGGACUCCCUGUCAGAGCUGACGAACGUGCCAUCGAACCCCAAGUUCCGAGCCAUGACUGCCGUGUGAAUGCAGAGUGCGCUGGUCUCACGGCACACAAAUCGCAUUGUACGUGCGUGCGUGUGCGUGCGCGUACCCACCAACACCAAAACCCGCCAUUCAGCCACUAAGUCAGUUUAACACGCAGUAGGCUUUCACGACCAAUAUCAUCAAUAGUACAGGUUUCUUUUGGUUAGAUCACGUAAAUAUAUAAAUGUGUCGUUAAACCCACCAACCCCCCCGACACAGCCAAAUUAGUAAGGUUUGUCUCGUAAACAGAACAAAAUGUUACAAAUUGAACGAUUGCUGUAGUAGUAACUAAUUGGCGCGUUGUUUACUUCACAAACCUUACUGGCUGUGUCGGGUGGUGGAGGGUUACGACACAUUUAUACUUACGGGAUCUAACCCAAAAAACCUUUAUUACGUGUAAUAUUGGUCGCGAAAGCCUACAUGUUAAAUGUUAAACGUAUUGUGGGAGCCUCGUUUUUAGUGUAAAAAGAAUGGAUAAUACGCUGUCAUUUGAUAACAAUUGUAUGUUAAUAGCCUGAAAAAGUCUCCACGAUUGUAAAUGUUGCGGUGUAGUGUGAAUACCGCGGCGCAUUACGGAACAACAACGGCUUUCUCAGCUGUGGACGAAUUCCAGGUUAAGUGACGCUUCACUUUCUCAUAAGCACAUUGAGUGGUGCCCGAGCGUACGCAUAAGGGGGGGAGGGGGGGGGGGGUGGAGCGUUUUAUAUUUGGUAUUUUAUUUUUAUUCACUUCAAAUUAGACUUUGUACAAAAAAAAUCUUGUCGUUCAAGUACUCGGUGUAACCUCUAUAAUCGGUUUGUAUGUUGAUCGCCCAAAGUAAAUCUUUUUUUUAACGAGAACUUUUUUCGCCAACGAUCUCGGCAACAGAAGUGACGGCGCGCUUCGGGAAGAAGUACCGGCGUCGCAGGAAGUGACCUCACAGGAAGGAUCGUCACUUCCUGUGACAUCACUUCCUGUGACAUCACCUCUUGUGACGUCACUUCCUGUAACAUCGCUUCCAGCGACGACAAAAUAGGAAAUAGUGUAUUUAUACUGGAGGAGGAAUCCGAUGAGCUGUAAAGAUCUUUUUCACAGAUGUCAGAACCUUGCAACAACAAAGAAUACAAACAAAACACGACAGGAAACACGAUGCCACAUUUACAUCAACCCCAAACAACAACAAGAACUAUUCCGGAUCAUGUGAAUUUUUAAACAUCGAGGUCCCCGAGUUUUUUUGGCGUUUAUAUAUCAAAUGGAAAAUCAGGAAAAACAUCCCACGCACACACGAACAAACAUGCAUGUCCGAUUCACAUUGUAUGUGCGCACACGUGUACGCACGCAUAAACACGCACUCACGCAUGCAAGAUCUUACUUGCGCGCAUACACACACCCAAACAUAUACAGGGUAUAUAUGUUCGCACAUUCACCUAUAGAUGUGCAAUCACUUGUAUACCGAUAUAUUUAUAAUAAAUUGGUGCCUUUGGUAUUCGGGCGUUCCUUAUAGCGCAAGACUGGGACAUUUAUGCAAACAAGUGCGCAUACAAAUGUACACAACGCUUCUGUAGAGCCGGACUUUCUGGUCAUUUCCGUGAUGAUCGGGGGUCCCUGUAAACACGUGCCAAUCGGGUGGAGCAGCGCUGGUGGUCUCCGGGGAAAGACGUGACCCAAACUGCAUUCUGCCUGGCCCAUGGGCAGCCACACACCCUGAAGCAAACCGCAAUUUGAAACUGGAGUUCGCAAACGAUAUUUGGGGGCGGACACGGUGGCUAGGAGAUGUUAACUACCUCGUCGGGUAUACAGGAGGGUGUGGGUUUGAUCCCGACCCUGAUGACGCCUGCUGUUGAUUUGGAGUUUGCAUCUCUCUCAUCAUCACGGUGGCUAGGAGAUGUUAACUACCUCACCGGGCAUACAGGAGGUCGUGGAUUCGAUCCCUGACCCUGAGGAUACCUGCUGUUGAUUUGGAGUUUGCAUCUCUAUCAUCAUCAUCACGGUGGCUAGGAGAUGUUAACUACCUCGCCGGGUAUACAGGAGGGUGUGGGUUCGAUCCCGACCCUGAUGACGCCUGCUGCUGUAUAUUUGGAGUUUGCAUCUCUCUCAUCAUCAUCACGGUGGCUAGGAGAUGUUAACUACCAAGCCUGGUAUACAGGAGGUCGUGGGUUCGAUUCCUGACCCUGAUGAUGCCUACUGUUGAUUUGGAGUUUGCAUCUCUCUCAUCAUCACGGUGGCUAGGAGAUGUUAACUACCUCGCCGGGCAUACAGGAGGGCGUGGGUUCGAUCCCGACCCUGAUGAUGCCUGCUGUUGAUUUGGAGUUUGCAUCUCUCUCUCAUCAUCACGGUGGCUAGGAGAUGUUAACUACCUCACCGGGCAUACAGGAGGGCGUUGGUUCGAUCCCGACCCUGAUGAUGCCUGCUGUUGAUUUUGAGUUUGCAUCUCUCUCUCAUCAUCAUCAUCACGGUGGCUAGGAGAUGUUAACUACCAAGCCUGGUAUACAGGAGGUCGUGGAUUCGAUUCCUGACCCUGAUGAUGCCUACUGUUGAUUUGGAGUUUGCAUCUCUCUCAUCAUCACGGUGGCUAGGAGAUGUUAACUACCUCACCGGGCAUACAGGAGGUCGUGGGUUCGAUCCCUGACCCUGAGGAUACCUGCUGUUGAUUUGGAGUUUGCAUCUCUAUCAUCAUCACGGUGGCUAGGAGAUGUUAACUACCAAGCCUGGUAUACAGGAGGGCGUGAGUUCGAUAACAACCCUGACGCCUGCUGUUGUAUAUUUGUAGUUUUCGUGUCUCUCUCUCUCUGUGGUCGCGUGGAUUUUCUCUGGGUCCUCUGGGUUUUUCCCCUCCACAUUUAGUAUCACAGUCAUGCGUUUUAGAGAUUUUAUAAAUUUGCACGUGAUGAUGGUAAGCCACUAUUGUUGCGCUAUCAUUUGCGUUGGCCAGGUCGCUUCUGAAAAGAAGAGCUUUCCUAGUUCGGUGGCCAUUACCUGGUAAAAUCAAAAUAUCUUCUUGGUUCUUUCGGUACAGUCACGUAGAAGGGAAAUAAUAAAAUAAUAAAAAUAAAACAUAAUAAAAUAAUUCUCACGACGUUUCGGCCACCACGCAAGCAGCCGUCCUCAGGUGAAGAACAGGUCUGUCGGGGAGACAGCGCCUGAAUUAUUUUAUUAUUUCCCUUCUACGUGACUUUACCGAAAGAACCAAGAAGAUGAAUCCCUGCCGUCACGAAAGCUUUAAAUCGAAAAUCAAAAGAGUUUAUAGUUUAUAGAUAGUUAUCCUUUACCGCGAGCGUCAAUCAGAACGUAUAUACAUAUUUCUUAAACCUUUAUCGUUUGUCAAUAAUAUUCGCGCAAGGAAUAAACGCCUAUGAAUAUUCA